UUUUUUAUAUUACUUUACCAGUUUACCGGGUCAAUAGGUCAAUCAUGGACUCGAUCAUGGAGGGAAAGACACCACAGAAACUCAAAAUUGGAAGGUACAUAUUGGGUGAGACACUGGGUACAGGAACGUUUGGUAAAGUGAAGAUAGCUGAUCAUGAUCUCACAGGACACAAAGUAGCAGUGAAGAUACUCAACAGGAAUAAGAUACAACACUUGGACGUUGCUGAUAAGAUCACGAGAGAGAUCCAAAUAUUGAAAUUGUUUCGUCAUCCGCACAUAAUAAAGUUGUACGAGGUUAUAACUACACCAAAAGAUAUAUUCAUGGUAAUGGAAUAUGUUUCAGGAGGAGAAUUAUUUGAAUAUAUUGUUAAACAUGGUAAGAGCAGUGAAAAUGAAUCCAGGGCAUUCUUCCAGCAGAUAAUAUCUGGUGUGGAUUACUGUCACAGACACAAAGUUGUCCAUCGUGACUUAAAGCCAGAGAAUCUUCUAUUGGAUUCUAACAACAAAGUAAAGAUAGCCGACUUUGGAUUGUCAAACUUGAUGAAAGAUGGAGAAUUUCUGAGGACUAGCUGUGGGAGUCCUAAUUAUGCUGCUCCUGAAGUAGUCUCGGGAAAACUUUAUGCUGGCCCAGAGGUUGAUGUGUGGAGCUGUGGUAUUAUACUUUAUGCUUUGCUUUGUGGUAGUCUUCCAUUUGAAGACACAAAUAUCUCAAUGCUGUUUCGUAAGAUAAAGUCUGGCCAGUUUUAUAUACCGCACUACAUCAGUAAAGGGGCCAGUGACCUUUUAACACAGAUGCUACAGGUUAAUCCUGUUAAGCGUAUAACACUGCCACAGAUCAAAGAGCAUACAUGGUUUACUACCGAGCUACCCCAAUACCUAUUCCCUCUACCAGGUCUCACUGAGCAUCAUCAAAUAGACUCUGCUGUGUUGUCUGAAGUGUGUCAGAAGCUAUCGGUCAAGAGAGAAGAAGUCUUGCAGGCCCUCCGUAGUGGAGACAGGGGCCAUCAUUUAGCAGUUGCAUAUGAGCUAGUACAGGACAACAGACUAAUGCAGUCACACACGCAACCUGGUGAUGAUUCGCAUCUGCUGGCUACAAGUCCAAUCACAUCAUCAUUCAUUAUUGUGGAUACAUUACUAGAGAGGGAUCAUUCUCAAAAGGAUAGUCUGACCAAUGCUUCUCCCGUUUCUUCCACUGGAGGAGGGAUGACUAAGCACAGAUCAACCUCACUAGUGAUUGAAGACUCAGUUCCGAUACGACUCCCACGCUCUUUUAAAAAACCAAAGUGGCAUCUUGGUAUCCGCUCUCAGUCACAUCCUCAGAACAUAAUGCAAGAAAUAAUGAAAAAAUUGAAAGCUUUAAACUUUGACUGGAAGGUUGUUAAUACGUAUCACAUUCGUUGUCGAUACAAGAAAUCGGCUGAUGAGAGCAGUGUCGUUAAACUGGAUCUUCAGCUCUAUCAGUUGGAUCAACGUAACUUUCUACUUGACUUUAAAGGCGUUGAUCCAUCUGAAGAGAAGACUGAAGUGAGUAUUCUUGGUGGAGGAUCUCCCCAAUUGCCCCAAAGACAUUACACAAUGGAGUUCUUUGAGGCUUGCUCAAGACUCAUUUGCUCUCUAGCUCAAUAACAAUAAUAAUGAUAAUAAUAAUAAUAAAAUGAUGUACAGUUAUAUGUUAUCUCUCUGCAUUAUUGUGUGUGUGCAUGUGAGUAGGUUUAUGUUAUAGAUAAACAUUGACAACAUAUUUGGAAAGUUCUUCUGUUGUUUACGUUUUUAGCUCAUUAUUAUUUGUAAUAUUUUGAUUAUUAUUAAAUCUGUUUUUGAUGCUGCUUUGUCAAACCUGUGUCACACCUAGA